ACCCAAAAUCUUUCCUUUUUCCUUCUCUUUCCCAACCACCGUACCUCCUCUUCCCUCUGAACCAAUCAAGGGCAUAUCUCCGGCAUACAUGGACCAAGCCACAAUUUGAAAUCGCUGGUUUUGCCCUUUUCAAGUAUCCUUUCUUUUAACUGCGUGUUCGGGGGUCAAAGGAAGUCAAUGCCUAAUUCAUCUCAUGUCUGCAAUCGAAGUCGAAGCCAAGCGUAGCAAACACAUAGCACCUCUGAAGACGCUACUCAUUUGCUGCUAGUUUUGAUAGGAGGAUUCCAAAAGAGUGCAGAAUUUUCGUGUAAGUAUGAGCAUAGUGCCCAAAGAGACAAUAGAGGUGGUUGCACAGAGCAUCGGAAUAACCAAUUUGUCCCCGGAAGUCCCACCUGAACUUGCCGCCGAUGUCGAAUACCGUCUCAGAGAAAUAAUGCAGGAGUCCAUAAAAUGCAUGAGACAUUCCAAGAGGACAAUCUUGACUGCCGAGGAUGUGGAUGCAGCACUUAACUUGCGAAACGUUGAGCCUAUAUAUGGAUUUGCGUCCGGAGAUCCUAUGCGAUUCAAGAGGGCUGCGGGGCAUAAGGAUUUGUUCUACGUUGAAGAGAAGGAUUUAGAUUUCAAGGAUGUGAUUGAAGCUCCUCUGCCUAAAGCUCCAUUAGAUACUGCAGUAACAUCUCAUUGGUUAGCUAUAGAAGGAGUGCAGCCAGCGAUUCCUGAAAACCCCCCUCAAGAAGCACUUGCAGCACCACAGGACAACAGAGCGAUGGAGUAUAAAGAAGAUGGAGGUUCAAUUGACCUCAAGUUACCUGUAAAGCACGUUCUAUCUCGUGAACUUCAGCUAUACUAUGAAAAAAUUACAGAUUUGGCAGUGAACAAGUCUAACUCUGUACUAUUGAAAGGAGCACUAGCAAGUUUGGCAACCGAUUCUGGGCUUCAUCCUUUAAUUCCUUACUUCACAUUUUUUAUUGAUGAUGAGGUGUCAAGGAACUUGAAUAACUUUUCACUUUUGUUUGCUUUGAUGCGGAUUGUUUGGAGCCUUCUUCAGAAUCCUCAUAUUCAUAUUGAACCAUAUCUGCACAAGUUGAUGCCACCUGUAAUGACUUGCCUUGUUGCAAAAAGACUGGGAAAUAAACUUUCAGACAACCACUGGGAGCUUAGAGACUUUACAGCCAAGUUGGUUGCUUUGGUAUGCAAAAGGUAUGGUCAAGUGUACCACACUCUCCAGCCCCGCGUCACACGGACUUUGCUGCAUGCAUUUCUAGAUCCAACGAAGGCACUGCCUCAGCAUUAUGGUGCAGUACAAGGGCUAAAUGCCCUUGGACCUAGUGUGGUUCAACUGCUUUUGCUGCCUAAUCUUGAGCCUUAUAUAAAACUGCUGGAGCCAGAAAUGCAACUAGAAAAGCAAAAGAAUGAGAUGAAGAGGCAUGAAGCUUGGCGAGUAUAUGGUGCUCUGGCUUGUGCAGCUGGCUUAUGUAUCUACGGUCGGCUUAAGAUACUUCACACUUUACUGCCCUCACACGCACAUUCUGUUCUGAAGAGCACGACGAAAAUCGCCAUGGCUUCAAUGUCAAGUAAACGUAAAAUGAGUAUGACGGACAACAUGAUGCUGCAACAAUCACCACUGAAGAAGGUGGCUGAUGGAGGAGCACUAUCCGCUGCCACUGAUACUCCCACCAGUUUCCCAUCUAGUUUACCGAGUGAGAACUUGCCAAGAAUUGUCAAUGGUAGAAGGGAUACGGCUACUGCUGGUAGUCAAGCAGCUUCAAAAGCUGCAGCACUUGCCCCUUCUAUUAAGGCCAACUUGAAGGGCAACACAGACAUUGCACGUUUGAUGCCUUUUCUAUUUGAAUAUUUUGGUGACAGUGUGUCAUCCUUCACCCCUGCACCUGAAUUGUCUAUCUUCCUGUGAUCAAAGGAGGUCCUUGUAAGCGUUUGUUACUAUUAUUAUAAAUCAAUUGCUUAAAUAUAAUUAUCCGUCCAAUGCUUUUUUGUUUUAUGUCCUGGAGAAUUAGUGUUUUUUCUUACAAUUUAGUGAAUUUACGUGUUACGUAGUAUAUUUCAUCCUUGCUGUGAUUUCUUUGAAGCCC